GAGCAACACAGGUAAACAAACCCUGCUGACCUCCGCUGAAUUCUUUAGUCGUUUGCGAGCGCUGAUCAUCAUGUCACUGCAGGGAGAUCCAGUGUAGGAGAUGCGAGCAGUGUUGAGCCUGGUAGCAGUGGCAGUCCCUAUGGGUGUACUGCUGUCCCGGACCAUGGCGUGGAUGUCCAGUGGCAAAACACAUCCAGAGCUCAUAAGCAGGCUGAGGGAUCAUGGGGUGAUCCACAGCGACAGAGUGUUUGAUGCCAUGCUGGCUACAGACAGAGGGCUCUACUCUAGAGAUUAUCCUUAUGCAGACUCUCCUCAGUCCAUAGGCUACAGGGCAACCAUCAGUGCACCACAUAUGCAUGCUCACGCUUUGGAGCUGCUAAGUGACAAACUACAUGAAGGGGCGUCAGCACUGGAUGUGGGUUCAGGAAGUGGCUAUCUCACCGCCUGCUUUGCAAGGAUGACAGGACCCAGUGGUAGAGUGGUUGGCAUUGAACACAUUGAUGAACUGGUUCGAAUGUCAAUAAAGAACGUUCAGCUUGACGACCCAGAGCUGCUCUCCUCCGGACGCAUCAAACUCAUGGUGGGAGAUGGAAGGCUUGGGUACCCUGAGGGAGCGCCCUAUGAUGCCAUUCAUGUUGGUGCAGCUGCAGCUACUAUUCCUAAAGCUCUAUUGGAGCAGCUGAAGCCAGGCGGACGGCUGGUGCUCCCGGUUGGCCCUGACGGUGGCAGUCAGGUGCUAGAACAGUAUGAUCGCCAGAGUGAUGGGACCUUUCUCAAGAGAGCUUUGAUGGGAGUGGUCUACGUCCCCUUAACUGACAAGAGGCAUCAGUGGCCCGGAGGUGAGCUCUGACUGCAGUUUGGUUGCCCCUGCAGGAGGUGGCGUUGGUGCUGCAUCUCCGGGGUCCCGUAACACUUCUCAUGUUUUCACUGAGCUCUAAGGCUUACGGCCAUCUGCCCCGCUGGUUUGUCACCUAGCAACACACAAGGAGGAACUCGCUCUGUUUGCCUGACCAGAUUGUCUUCCUACAGUAGAGUGCUAAACAGUGACUGACUGAAUGACUGACCGCCGCUGAACUGUCUCCUGAUGACCCACAGUCCUUGUAGUCAGAGAAUAGUUGUAGACAACGAGAUAGUGGUUAAAAAAACAAAAGGUUGUCUGAGGUUUUAGUGAUUCACAGAAUUAUUUGUGAAGUUUAGCAGUGUGAACUUUGCAAUUACAGCUUCAAACCUUUGAGUAUGUGUUCUUCUGGAUGCUUGUGAGGUAUUCAGAUAAAUGGUUAACUUAAAUCUUGUGUAAUCUUAAGGGAAUACUUUGGUUUUGAAUGCAGUCAUAGUUGAUGAUGAACCCAAGUUCAAGCCAAGGAUUAUUAAGUAAAAGAAUAGCAAAUUAACAUAAGUCAUUUCUAUUUUAUGCUAAGUAUUGCUACUUUCUUGCUUCAAAUACUGUAUGUAUAGAAUAUAUCCUGUUUGAGACUGUAACCCAGUAGAGCAGAGGGGAUGCUGUGCCAAAUCAUGAUUAAUUUAAGCACAAAUUGUUGUUAUGUGUAUGCUUAUCAAAUUUAUUAAUAAAACUGAUUUUUUUUUUAAAUGA